AUGGAUAAAGGACACACUUUACCCCAGGAUAUCCGGGAUCUGCGGCACUGCCUGAGAAUGAAGAGCAAGUAUGCCAUUCUCCUGGUGUUUGUUGUAGCUCUUGUCAUUAUCGAGAAGGAAAACAAUAUCAUAUCAAGGGUAUCAGACAAGCUGAAGCAAGCCCCACAAUCUCUGAUGGAGGUCAACAGCACAGACCCUGGCCUAGUGCUGUCAGAAAAUGAGUCCCUCUUGUCCCUCAGCGAGCUGGACUCUGCCUUCUCUCAGCUCAAGAGCCGGCUUCAGAAUGUCACCCUGCAGCUGGGAGGGACCAGGGAGACUGCUGUGGCACAGGGACCCCGGAGACAUGUGCUCCUGAUGGCCACCACCCGCACAGGUUCCUCCUUUGUGGGAGAGUUCUUCAACCAACAGGGCAACAUUUUCUAUCUCUUCGAGCCAUUGUGGCACAUCGAGAGGACAGUGUCAUUCGAGCCAGGCGGAGCAAACGCGGUGGGAUCGGCCCUCGUCUACCGAGAUGUCUUGAAGCAGCUGUUGCUCUGUGACCUCUACAUCCUGGAGAACUUCAUCACCCCUCUCCCUGAGGACCAUCUGACCCCAUAUAUGUUCCGGCGGGGCUCAAGCCGCUCCCUGUGCGAGGACCCUGUUUGCACCCCUUUCGUCAAGAAGGUCUUUGAGAAGUACCACUGCAAGAACCGCCGCUGUGGCCCCCUCAACAUUACCCUCGCUGCAGAAGCCUGCCUGCGCAAGAAUCACAUGGCACUCAAGACAGUGCGAAUUCGGCAGCUGGAGUUCUUACGACCCCUGGUCGAAGACCCUCGCCUAGACAUGAGGAUCAUCCAUCUGGUGCGGGACCCCCGGGCGGUGCUGGCCUCUCGCAUUGUGGCCUUCUCGGGCAAGUAUGAAACCUGGAAGAAAUGGGCUUCAGAAGGAGCAGCUCCCCUCAACGAGGAUGAGGUGCAGAGGCUGCGGGGGAACUGCGAGAGCAUCCGCCUCUCGGCUGAACUUGGCCUGAGGCAGCCAGCGUGGCUGCGGGGCCGCUACAUGCUGAUCCGCUAUGAGGAUAUUGCCAGGUCACCUCUCCAAAAUGCCAAGGAGAUGUACAGGUUUGCUGGCAUCAGCCUCACCCCACAGGUGGAGGAAUGGAUCCAGAAGAACACCCAGGCGCCUCAGGACAGCAAUGGCAUCUACUCCACCCAGAAGAACUCCUCAGAGCAGUUCGAGAAGUGGCGCUUCAGCAUCCCCUUCAAGUUGGCCCAAGUGGUGCAGAGUGUCUGCGGCCCAGCCAUGAGUCUGUUUGGCUACAAACUGGCCAGCAACCAAGAGACCCUCACAAACAGAUCCAUCAGUUUGCUGGAGGAAAGGAGGGCCUUCUGGAUCACGUAAGAUCUCUCAUCGCUGGGUUUCCGAACGGAA